GUCUAGCGGCAGUGGUAGUGUCUCUCUAGCCGGGCAGCCGGGAUCAGUAACGCUGGAGCCCGUCAUUAUGGAGGAAGAAGCGUAGGAUUAUUGGGGAGACGGGGGACAGACGCUCCGUGGCUACAUUGCAGGCUGGGGUGACAAUUCCCGAGCUCCGGGGCACCGCGAACAGCUCAGCAGCGUGUCAUGGGGAACGAAGGCAGCAUAGAGGGAGGAGAAGGGCUGGGUGGAUAUCCAGAGGGGAUGGCAGCGGACGGGAGAGGGGGCUUCGCCCAGGUCCCUGCUGGAAUGGAUGCUGAUCUGAGCCGGCUGAGCGAGGAGGAGAGGAAGCAGAUCGCCGCCGUCAUGUCCAGGGCGCAGGAGCUGCCAAGAGGGAGUCAGACGGAUCGCCCGGCACUGAGAAGUCAAAACAUUGAUGCUUCCCAAUCACCAAGACAUCCAAGCAAACCUCCUGAUCCAGGGCCAACCGGUCUAAGUAAAAGCAGAACAGUUGAUGCUUUCAAAACUGAAAUGAAAACACCUGGUCGAAGUCCUUCAACUAUGAGCUUGAGAGAGCCUAAAACUAGACCUGAUAAUGUAGAAGAUCAGAAGACUGGUAUGAUGAGUGGUUUCCUGGCAGACAGUAAUCCAAUAAGUAUGGUCUCUUCUGUAGUUAACAAAUUUAACCCAUUUGAGGCAAAAUCUGAUUCCAGUGCACCAAAAGAAGAUCUGACUAAGAAACAAAAAGAACAUGAAAAUAGAGAAGAUCCUAAAGGAAAUGUCAGACCUGCACUUCAAUCGCACCAGUCACCAGGACAUGGUCAACACCAACAAGGAUAUGCUAAACCCAUAACACCAGCUCAACAGCAGUCUACUAAAUCUAUACAACAGCAGUCUGAGACAAAGCCAGUUUCUACACAACAGAGUCCUGCAAGGACAUCAACACAAUCAUCAAAUGCCACAAAAUUACUUCCACACACUCCUACCCCCAAAGAACCAUUGCCUGAAACUCUGACCCCCACAAAACCCUUAAUUCAAGAGCCAAAACAUACUACCUCAUUAUCCCAAGGACAAAAUUAUAAAAAAGAAUCAAUGGAGCAAGACAGCUCUUCUAAAUCAUUACCACCAACUAUGGGUAAGCAAAGCUUUCCGCAGCCUGGAAUUUCAAAACUGUCCACAGAUGUAUCUAAAAUACCACCACAAACACUGGAGUCUGAAAAACAGUCCACACAGCCUCAAGGUACUGCCAAACAAACUAUACAACAAUCUGGUUCUAUAAAACCACAACCACAGCAAACAAUGACUGCUAAAAAUCUCCAGCAGCAAGUAUCACCCAUGAAGCAACCGGUACAACAACCUGAUCCUGCAAAGCAACAAGGACCUGCCACACAGCCACCGAAGAAGCAAGCUCCAUCCAUGACAAGCACAAAUCAAACAGUACAAAAACCACAGCCAACACAGCUUAGUGACAUUAAAAGGCCUGACCAGGUAUCAGGGAAAUCAGUGCCUACUUCACAAACACAGCCCAUAAGAGAACUACCACGACAACUAGAAAAAGGAUCUAUUAAACCGCAAGAAGAAACAUUAUGGAAUGUGCCCAAAGCAGACUCACAGACUAUGUGUCCUCUGUGUAAAACAACCAAAUUGCUGUUGGACCCAAAAGAAAAGCCCAAUUAUAAUACCUGCACCCAGUGUAAAACUACUGUAUGCAGUUUCUGUGGCUUCAAUCCCAAUCCACAUAUAACUGAGAUACAAGAAUGGCUCUGCUUGAACUGUCAGAUGCAGAGAGCCCUCGGUAUGGAUAUGACUGCCCCUGGACCUAUGCCACAGCCAGUUAAGCAAAAGACUGUACCUGUAAUACCACCAACUGAGAAAACUGUUUCUUCAGUAAAGAAGGAAUCAAGCACAGUGCCAGAUCAAACCACAAAGCAAGGUUCCAAAAUACCACCAAUAUUAACAAAACAGACUUCCGUAUCGGACUCAUCAAUCAAGUCUAAUCAACCAACAACUGAAAAUAAAACGGGUAAAGUUACAAUGCCAGAUAAAAGCAAACCAUUGGUACCUGAAAAAAAGCUGCCAGUGGAGCCAGUGCACAGUGAAUCUCCUUCUAAAUUGUUUCAGACAAAGACUGAUUCUACAUCAACUGUUUUAGCUGCUGCACCUAUAAAGAUGCAGCCUAAUAUCACAGAUUCUGCAAAGACAUCAGUGGAACAUUCAGCUACAGACAAGAAUAAACCAGACUAUAACAUUCCUAUGUCCCAUCAAGUGCAAGAAUUGCAACAAUCUGCAUUAACCAGUGUACAACAAAAUAACUCUCAAAAAGUUGAAACUUCACAACUGAAAGAAGAUCCUACAAAAAAUCCAAAAAAGAUUGAUGGCAAGCAAGCGCCAAAGGAGCCACCUGUGCCAGUAAGUCCAAAGCCUACACCCGCACAAAAGCCUGUGGCACCACAAACUUCACAGCCUUUUGGGCAAGGGAGCCCAAAAUCCAGUCCUUCACAUAAACCUGCCGCUCCACAAACAUAUCAGCCUCUUGGGCCAGGAAGCCCAAAAUCCAGUCCUUUACAUAAACCUGCAGUUCCACAAACAUCUCAACCUCCUGGGCCAGGAAGCCCAAAACCCAUUCCUUCUCAUAAACCUACAACCCCUCAAACAUCUCAACCUCCUGAGCCAGGAAGCCCAAAAUCUAGUCCUUCACAUAAACCUACAGUUCCACAAUCAACUCACCCUCCUGGACCAGGAAGCCCAAAACCCAUUCCUUCACAUAAACCUACGGCUGCACAAACAUCUCAGCCUCCUGCCACAGGAAGCCCAAAAUCCAGUCCUUCACAUAAACCUGCAGUUCAACAAGCAUCUCAGCCUGCUGGGCCAGGAAGCCCAAAAGGUCCUUCACAGAAACCUAUGGCUCCACAAACAUCUCAAUCUCCUGGGCCAGGAAGCCCAAAACCCAGUCCUUCACAUAAACCUGCAGCACCACAAACAUCUCAGCCUCCUGGAUCAGGAAGCCCAAAACCCAGUCCUUUGCAUAAACCUACAGGUCCACAAAUGUCUCAAUUUUCUGGGCCAGGAAACCCAAAACCCAGUCCUACCCAUAAACCCGUGGCUCCACAAACAUCACAGUCCCCUGGGCCAAUAAGUCCAAAACCGAGUCCUUCACAUAAACCUGUGGUUCCACAAACGUCACAGUCUCCUGGAUCAGUAAGCCAAAAGCCUAGCCCUUUAAGUAAACCUGUGGUUCCACAAACAACAUCACAACCUACAGUGCCAGUUACCCCAAAACCCAGUCCUUCUCAUAAACCUGUGACUCCACAAACAGUAGCGCAACCUACAGCUCAGCCCCAAAAAUCACAAGAGCAGCCAAGACGUUUCAGUUUGAACCUGGGAAGUGUCACAGAAACUCCUAAAAUUCAACCUACAACACCACAGGAAACAGUUACUGGAAAACUCUUUGGGUUUGGUGCAUCAAUAUUUAGCCAAGCCUCUAGUUUUAUAUCCACUGCAGCCCAACCAGGCACGCAAGCACAAAGCACACAAGGUACAGCUCCUAGGCAGCCUGCACCUCCACAGAAAAUAACUGAACCCAAUAAAUCAGCAAAAGAACCUAUAGCUCCACAGUCACCCAAAAUUCUUCCAGUGAAAAAAGAAAUACAACCUGUAGUUGCAAAACAAACAGAAGAAACCAAAUCUAGCCCUUCAGCAAAAGUAAUAGAUGUAGAAAAAAUUCAAGAGAAAGAAACACAGAAGAAUGUUCUUGAAUCUAAGAAAAUUUCAAAAGAAGCAGAACCAGAAAUAAUUAAAAAGAUAGCAGAGACAAAACUGUUAUGUCCUCUGUGUAAAACAGAACUAAAUCUUGGCUCUAUGGACCUUCCCAAUUUUAAUACCUGCACAGAAUGCAAGAACAUGGUAUGCAACCUUUGUGGAUUUAACCCAAUGCCGCACUUGACAGAGGUUGCAGAGUGGCUGUGCUUAAGCUGUCAGACACAAAGAGCAAUCUCAGGACAACUUGGGGAAAUAAGCAAGAUGCCACCUUCAUUAGGACUGUCUUCUAAAUCAUCACCAAAGCAUCCCGUUCCUGAUGAAGAAAAGCAUAAACAUUCACCACCAAAUUUGAAAUCAAAUGAUAAAACAAAUGAACACAUAAUACAAAAAGAAAUUCCAAAACUUCCAGAAGGAAAAAUCAGUGAUAGACAAAUGAAUGAUAGUAAUAGGCAAGAUGAUAAAGACAUGGAGCUAAUAGCCAAUAUACCAGUAGUAAGUAAGGAAACAGAUGCACCAUUAGCCCCUAUAGCUGAAAAGACAUUGCUGAAAGAAAGUAACCUAGAUGCUACUAAAGAUCUUGCACUGGUGCCUACGCAGAACUUGACAGAGCCUCUACACAAUAAAGGGAAAGUAAUUCCAAGGCAAGAUUUAAUGAUUGACCUUUCAACAGCAGCUUUGAAGGAAUUUGAAGAAACAUGUGAUGUGAAAAUUAAACCUGAAGCAAACCAACUGACGGAGCAUGAAACUGGAAAAGAAAAAACUGAGAAAGAAGAUGACAAAUCAGACACUUCAAAUUCUCAGCAACAGAAAAGCCCACAAGGUCUGAGUGAUACAGGCUAUUCAUCAGAUGGUAUAUCUGGCUCACUUGGAGAAAUACCAAGUCUAAUACCAAGUGAUGAAAAAGAUUUUAAUAAAGAAGCAACUAAAAAAGAUUCCUUUUCACAUGAGAGUAGUCCCUCAAGUCCUUCAGAUUUAGCAAAGUUGGAGAGUACAGUUCUAUCAAUUUUAGAAGCACAAACAAGUGUUCUUGCUGAUGAAAAGCUGAGAAAGAAUAAUGAUUUGUAUGGAAAAUAUACUGGACAGACACAAGAUAGACCCAAAACUAAGAUAUUGCCCAUCACUCCAGAAUCUUGUAGUUCAGAAGAGGAAGAGCUUGAAGAUAUUCAGGAAGAAGAUGAGACAUUGGAAGAAAAUAAAAAAGGCUUUUCUUUACGGAACUUUCAAAAGGAUGGUGCAAGUUCAGCUAAGGACAUGACACGCAGGCGCCGUGAUUCACUAGAUGACAGCAGUGAGAGUGAAAAUUCACCUGUUCCACAAAGGAAAAGAAGAGCUAGCAAUGACUCAACAAGUAGUGAUGACUUCAAACAAAAUGAUAGUCAAGGAUCUGGAGAUGAUGAAGAUUUUAUCCGCAAGCAGAUUAUUGAAAUGAGUGCUGAUGAGGAUGCAUCUGGAUCUGAAGAUGAGGAAUUUAUAAGAACAAAAUUAAAAGAAAUAAGUGUUAAUGAAAGUCAGAAGAAAGAAACCAAAUCAAAAGCUGUAACUGGAAAAUGCAAGCGAUUAACCAAAAAAAGCAGUGCAAGUUAUGAUGAGGAUGGAAUAAGACGACAUUCAUGGCAUGAUGAUGAUGAAGAGGAUGAAGAUGAGGAAACGUAUGCUGAAAGUCCAGAGCUAAAAUUCAGAGAAACUAAAAGUCAAGAAAAUGAAGAGCUUUCAGCAAGUGGAGGUGGUGGCCUCCGUAGAUUUAAAACUAUAGAGUUAAAUAGCACAAUAUCUAAUACAUACACUGAAAACUCUACCAAACCAUCUGCUAUCAUGUAUUAUUCUGAGGAACCAGAGUUGGAGAUGGAAAGUUUAACAGAUUCUCCAGAAGACAGGUCACGUGAGGAAAGAUCUUCCAGUCUCCAUGCUUCAAGUUUUACUCCAGGUACAUCACCUACUUCAGUGUCAUCACUGGAUGAAGACAGUGAUAGUAGCCCAAGUCACAAAAAAAUAUCUGGAGAAAGCAAACAGCAACGGAAGGCUAGGCAUCGAUCUCAUGGGCCUGUUCUUCCCACUAUUGAAGAUUCUUCAGAAGAGGAAGAAUUAAGAGAAGAAGAAGAACUUUUAAAAGAGCAGGAAAAGCUAAGAGAAUUAGAGCAGCAACAAAGAAAAGGUUCUAGUAAAAAAUCCAAAAAAGACAAAGAUGAACUGAGAGCUCAAAGAAGGAGAGAGCGACCAAAGACGCCACCAAGUAAUCUUUCUCCUAUUGAAGAUGCUUCUCCAACAGAAGAAUUGCGCCAGGCUGCUGAAAUGGAAGAACUACAUAGAUCCUCAUGCUCUGAAUAUUCACCCAGUAUUGAAUCUGAACCAGAAGGAUUUGAAAUAAGCCCUGAAAAGAUAAUAGAAGUGCAAAAAGUUUACAAGUUGCCUACUUCAGUAUCAUUGUAUUCGCCUACAGAUGUAACAGCCAAUGUUGCUGCAACAGAAAACAAGAAUGGUCAGCAAAUUCUAAAAAGUGCUGAGGAGGCAUAUGAAGAUGUUCUUUAUAAAGCAAAAUUAUAUCACAGUGAGAAAGAAAAAGAAGAAGUAUUUGAGAAGGAACCUUUAUAUGGGGGGAUGUUAAUUGAAGAUUAUAUCUAUGAAUCCUUAGUUGAAGAGAAUUAUGAUGAAAGCAUAGAUGCAAAUAUUUUAGGUGGUCAAGAUUAUGUGUUUGACCAUAGAGUAAAAGAGCUAAAAAAUAAUUCUAUGGGGGAUAUAUGCAUUGAUGUAACAACUGAUUCAUUUCAUUCCAUUGUGCCUCAAGAAGAUAUUGUUUCAAGCUCCUAUAUUGUUCCAGAAAGCCAUGAGAUAAUUAUUUUGGAUAACACUGAAGAAAGCCCACCACAUAAUCCUACUACUGGCCUGUAUGACCUUAUUAAAUGUGAAGACAUGCAGCUAACACCAGGCUCCAGUCCAACUCAACCUAGAAAUGAGUUUAUCAUGAAAGUUGAUUCUGUGUCUUCUGCCGCUGUGCACAAGCAUGCAACUGAAAAUGUGUAUUCUACUGAAUUCAUGGAAUCAUCUUCCCUUAAUGCAAUCUCUAUUCCCGAUGUUAAAAUAACUCAGCACUUUAGUGCAGAAGAACUUGAAGAUGAUGCAGUUAUUAAUUAUGGAGUACAAAAAGUAAAUGAUAAUUUUGCUUCAGAAAGUGCUAAAUCAUUUGUAAAUGAAAAAGGUACUUCCCCUGUAAAUGCAUCUUCUAAUGCUGGCACAGAUCCUGCUAUAAAAUCUGAAUCUAUGGUAUCAGUAAGUGAUUUGCCAUUUACACAAAGUGUAACAGCUCGUAUAGUCACUGAUACAUCUGCUGAUCAUGUAAUAAUUUCAGUCCCUGAUAUUGUUCAACACACAGGUGUCAAAACUGAACCACUAUCUUUAGGUAAAGAACAGCAUAUACUAGAACCUUUAAAAAUAAAAGAAGUCCAUCCAAAUUCUGAAGUUUCUGAAAUGAAUACUAAACAAUAUCCACCAGACACUUUACCUACUGCCUCAUGUUCCCAAGGAAACAAUGUAACCCCAAUUCCCACUGAAUGUCCCGUGUCAACUAAGCACAGUGUGACUUACACAGCAGUUACAGAUACAAUAACCUCAGCCCCUAAAUUGCAGUCAGUAAUAUCAACAGUUCCAUCAGUUACAUCAAAGGUAAUGUCCUUCUUUAGAAGCACUUCUGAUUCUCCUGUUCCUUUAAUAUCUUCCGCUCUUCCACCACCUCCUCCACCACCACCAUUACCUCCAGCAACCCCACCUAAACCAGCAAAAAAGAGGCCAGCACCUAAAAUUCCAACAACAAAAACUAAACUUAUUCCAGGUCUUUCCAGGACUGAAGGAUUUCAGGAAGUACCAUCAUCCAAAAUCAGUUCUAUUCCAAUUUCCAAACCCCAUGCUCCACCUCCACCUGUUCCUCCAAAGCCAUCUUCAAUUCCAGCUGGAUUAGUAUUUAGUCAUAAACCAAUAGAAGGAUUUAAGCCUCAGAAAGUAACAAAAUCUGUGCUUUUUGAACCCAUAAUAGCUAUGCAAAAGAAAUCAGAAGCACAACAAAAGACAUCCACACAUUCUUCAGCCACCUCUAUGGCUUUAAAUCUGAUUCCAACUACAGAGUGCAAGUUACCAUCUCCAACAUCUCCUCUUUCUCCUCAUUCUACUAGAUCUUCACCAAGGUUAACCAAGCCAUCAUUAGAAACCUACGUUGUUAUUACUUUGCCAUCUGAACCUGGCACUCCAACGGACAGUGAUUCAAUUCAAACAACAACAUGUUGGCCUCUACAUGCACCUAUACUUGAACAAAUUCCACAAACAACAGAAACAGGUUUCUAUAUUACACCCUUCAGUAGAGCUGAAAAAAUACCAAUUUCUCAACAAUCAGAUAGUUUGAAAAUGUUAUCACAAAUAACAACUGGAGUUUCCUGGGCUAGUGUUUCUUUACCUCAAAGCACAGUUUCUGAGUUCACUUGCAUUCCAGAUACCUUUCCACCAGUGACAGAGCAAUGCCAAUUACAACAUAUUAAAAAACUGACUGAGUCUAAUAAUAUAAUGGAUCUACGGACAUUGGGCAAGAUAGAUUAUAAAGGUUCAGAUUUUCAGAUUGAUAGCUGCAUGGACCUCUCUUCAACAACAGUUGACUCAAAACGCCAAUCUGCUGCUCAUGGUGCUUUCAGUCGACCCAUAAGUGCUGUUCAGCCUGCUAUUGUAAAUCUUAGCACUGAAUCACCAGUAGUUUCUUCUGUAUUAUUGGUCAGUGAUUCCACUACAGUGAAGACAUGUUCAACAACUGUGAGUUAUGCAACAAGUUUGGAGAGCCUUGUUGAUUUAGGAAAUUCAAUGAAGGCACCUUUAAAGCUUACAACCGCUAGACAGUUUGAAGAGAAAAAUGGUGGAUUUCCUAUUGAAACAGAAGUGCCAAUAAACUUAUCAUUUGGUAUUCCAGCACAUUCAGUGGCGGUGUCAACAGCAAAGCCAUUCCCAGUAUCCUCAGGUAGUGUAACAAAUGGCUCUAUUGAUAUAUCCAUCUCUCAAGAAUCUGUAGACAGUGAAGUAGUUGAUCUUAGCACAACAAAGUCCCUUAGAACAAUGGUAACUGUGGAUGAAACAACUUCAGCAAUUAUUACUGAAAUAGUGGAAGAUGAUAAACCUGUGGAUUUAACAGCAGGCAGAAGAGCUGUGUGUUGUGAUGUGGUAUAUAAGUUACCAUUUGGAAGAAGUUGUAUUUCCCAGCAGCCACCUACAACUUUACCUGAAGACCGUUUUGGUUACAGAGAUGACCAUUAUCAAUAUGAUCGUUCAGGGAUUUCAGGAUUUAGGGGUAUUGGGGGUAUGAAACCUUCUAUGUCUGACACAAAUUUAGCUGAAGCUGGACUGUUUUUGUACAAAAGCAAAAAUACUUUUGAUUACCCAGUUGGAAUAGCGGAUGUUGCUGUAGACCUUACAUCUGGGAAAAUGACUACAGGUGAGGCUUUGGAUUACCAAACCAAGACUACAGGUCCUUACCCAGAGACAAGACAAGUCAUAUCUGGCCUUGGAAUAAGUACCCCCCAAUAUUCACAAGCAAGAAUGACUCAUUCCAUAGUUCCACCUUAUGGUCUGGGAAGUGUUUUACGGUCAUCUAAUGGAGUUGUCUAUUCAUCUGUAACCAGUCCAAUCCCCUCAACAUUUCCCAUCACCACACAGCCUGGCUCUAUUUUCAGUACAACAGUAAAAGAUUUAUCCAGCUUCAUUACUAGUGACACAGUUAUUUCAACAUCAGGUUUAAGCCAGUCACAGCCACCACCUAGAACAUAUAGUAUGAUAUCCUCAGCUGCAGGAGAUGUGACUGAUGUAAUAUCUGUUGUUGAAACUAGUUUACAAACUUUUCCUGUGGAGGCUGCAACCACCACAGAAGCUGAUCUUAUUUCUAUAUUGACAUCAGAAUCGGAAUCAUUCUCUGAAUUGACUGAAGAUGAAUCACCUUUUAUAGUGUCAUCUGAUGAUGGUAAGCAACAGCACCUUCACUUACAGCGUGAGCUUCUAGAGCUGGAGAAAAUCAAACAGCAGAGAUUGGCAGAGGAGUUAGAAUGGGAACGACAGGAAAUACAGAGAUUCAGAGAACAAGAGACUUUAAUGGUGCAGCAAAAACUUGAGGAGCUUCAGUCUAUGAAGCAGCACCUGCUGUAUCAACAAGAGGAGGAAAGACAAGCUCAGUUUAUGAUGAGACAGGAAACACUGGCCCAACAACAGCUACAUCUUGAGCAAAUUCAGCAGCUACAACAGCAACUUCAUCAGCAGUUAGAGGAACAAAAAUUAUGCCAGAUUUAUCAGUACAAUUAUGACACUGCUGAAAAUGUGCCACCUCAAACAACUUCCGAGCAACUGAUUUUAGAAGGACAAUAUUCAGCUAAAGAGGAUGGACAGUUCUGGUCUGGUGAUCACACAGCAACUACAUCAUCAGCAGUUGUAGGCAUGGAAAUGACACCCAGUGAAGCAUGGUACACUGUACAGUCAGAUGGUAUUACACAGUAUAUUUCUAGACCAGGUAUACUAAAUUCUACUUCAGAAAUGUCGCUAAAAGAUAUAGAUAUGAAUGAUGAAAGGCAACUGAAGAAAAGAAGUUCUAUGCCAAGACUGUGUGGCAUGUACAAUGAAUUAGAUGGAAGUUUACAAGAAGAAUCAAGAUCUUAUAAAUUAAUAGUUGAUAGUGGAGUACAAACUGAUGAUGAGGAUGGGGCUGAAAAUCAAUAUACUGGCAGAAGACGAAGAUCCAAAAAGGGCAUUGAUACAAGUGUCCAAACAGAUGAUGAGGACCAAGAUGAAUGGGAUAUGCCUACAAGAUCAAGAAGGAGGUCACGUACAGGAAAAUACACUGAUGGAAACACUGAUGUUGAUAAAACUAGACUAUUUUCCAAAGUAUCUAGUAUAGCUGUGCAAACUGUUGCAGAAAUUUCAGUACAAACUGAGCCACUGGGAACAAUCAGAACACCUUCCAUAAGAGCAAAAGUCGACUCAAAAGUUGAAAUAAUUAAACAUAUAUCUGCUCCAGAAAAGAAUUAUAAGGGAGAAAGCUUGGGAUGCCAAACAGAAACCGAUUCAGAUAUUCAAAGUCCCCAGUAUCUGACAGAUAUGUCACAAAAGGAUAAAAGGCGUCCAACCCCAUUAGAAAUAGGUUAUUCUUCUCAUCUUCGAGCUGAUUCUUCACUGCAGGUUGCACCUUCCCCUCCAAAAUCUCCUAAAGUUCUUUAUUCACCAAUUUCACCGGUUUCACCUAGUAAAGCUCUAGAAUCUGCCUUUGUUCCCUAUGAGAAAACUGUAAUGGAUGAUAUUGGCACUCACAAGCAACAUAUUGACAUUGUACAUAUUCCACCACCAAGUCCAAAAACUACAAAGGUCAUGCAACGCUCUUUGUCUGAUCCAAAACCCUUAAGUCCAACUGCAGAAGAUGUCAAUAGAACACAGUUCCAGUACGCAGAUGAAUACACAAGUAAAAGUAUUCAAAGCGGAACACAAAAGAAGGUAAAACGAACGCUUCCAAACCCUCCUCCAGAAGAAGCUAACAAUGGCUUACAGUCACCAUACGGCACAGUUGGAUCUGUUUCUCGCAGACGAAUUUGUAGAACCACAACAAUGGCUAGAGCUAAAAUUCUUCAGGAUAUAGAUAGAGAAUUGGAUCUGGUUGAAAGAGAAUCUUCAAAACUACGCAAGAAACAAGCAGAACUAGAUGAGGAGGAAAAAGAAAUUGAUGCAAAACUAAGAUAUCUAGAAAUGGGAAUUAAUAGGAGAAAAGAAGCUUUAUUAAAAGAAAGAGAAAAGAGAGAGAGAGCUUAUCUGCAGGGUGUUGCUGAAGAGCGGGAUUAUAUGUCUGACAGUGAAGUAAAUAACACAAGGCCAACCAGAAUAGAAAGUCAUCUUGGCUUAGACAGGCCACAAACUGCUCCACAAACAGAAUAUUGUCCUUACUUACCGCCACAGACUCAGACAGAAACUCAGUUUGCACCUCAAACUAGUCCCUAUACUCAAUACCAAUAUCAGACACCUACUUUACUUACUCAGGCUCCAACUCAGUUCUCUCAGCAGACCCAUUAUCAACCAACAUUAUAUCAUCAACAAGUUUCAUCAUACCAAGCUCAGCCAGCUUUCCAAGCUAUGCCAACUAUGUCCUUUACUCCUCAGCCACAACCAACACCAACGCAACAAUCUUAUCAACACCCUUCACAGUUGUUACUAUUACAGCAAAAAGCUAGACAAGGUGCAUUAGAUUUGGAUUCUAAAAUAACAUCACAUUAUGAUGUUAUUAGAAACCAACCUCUUAUAAUAGCACCUGCAUCUUCUGACAGCAGCUACUCUGUUUCUCAUCUUGGUAGUAAAUAUAGUACUUUGGAUUUAAGAUUGGGGAUAGAUGAAAAAAGUAGCAUGGCAAGUAGUCCAAUGUCAAGCAUAUCUGCAGAUUCUUUUUAUACAGACCUUGAACACCAUGCUUCCAGAAACUAUGUUUUAAUUGAUGAUAUUGGAGAACUUACAAAGGGAUCUGGUUCUAUGAGCUCCGCAUUUGGACUUCAUGAAAAAGAGCUUUCAAAAACAGACCGUCUGCUUAGAACUGUAGACUCUAGACGGACUCCUGAAGUAACAGACUUUUUAGCUCCUAUGUCAACUUCUUCGAGACUACAUACAUAUGGAAAAACAGAUGAAGAUUCAAUGGAAGAUCCAUAUGAGUUAAAGCUCCUCAAGCAUCAAAUAAAGCAGGAAUUUCGUAGGGGUACAGAAAAUUUAGAUCCUCUUGCUGGAUUCUCACCUUAUUAUCACUCAGACAGUCUUUAUAGGCACUUCCCCAAAAGUGAAAAAUAUAGCAUUAGCAGACUCACACUAGAAAAGCAAGCUGCCAAGCAACUACCACCCGCUAUCCUGUAUCAACAGUCAAAGCAUAAGAAAACAAUAUUAGACCCAAAAAUAUCAAAAUUUUCUCCAAUUCAGGAAAAUCAUGACUUAGAACCUGACUAUUCAACCUAUCUUUCUUCUAGUACAUCAUCCAUUCCCAGUAUAUCUUCAAAGGCAAGACUACUGCAAGAUGAUAUUACUUAUGGCUUGAGGAAAAACAUUACAGAUCAGCAAAAAUUCUUGGGUCCUGCUUUAGCUCAAAACCUUGGGGCAACUCUUAAUACAAAUUUGAGAACUGCUUUACAGGAUGAAGUUGAUAAACCUUAUGUAAGUGGUAGCAGAUCAAGGCCUUCAUCUAGGCCUUCAUCGGUGUAUGGUCUUGAUCUCUCUAUUAAAAGAGACCUAUCAAGUUCUUCUUUAAGGCAGAAAGGCAAUGAAGCUGAAUCAAUAGAUGGAACAUUUAACCCCGCAGCACCUUCUGGAAGAAUUAAACCAUCUAGUCUUCCAAUUAGUCAAAGUAGAGGAAGGAUUCCAAUUGUAGCACAAAAUUCUGAAGAAGAAAGUCCACUGAGUCCUGUUGGCCAACCAAUGGGAAUGGCAAGGGCUGCAGCUGGACCAUUGCCCCCAAUAUCUGCAGAUACCAGGGACCAGUUUGGAUCCAGCCAUUCUCUGCCUGAGGUACAACAACAUAUGAGAGAAGAAUCCAGAACUCGUGGUUAUGAUCGAGACAUAGCAUUCAUCAUGGAUGACUUUCAACAUGCAAUGUCUGAUAGUGAAGACAAUUCCUUUAAUGAUGCCUAUCAUCUACGCCGUGAAGAAACAGACUGGUUUGACAAGCCUAGAGAAUCCCGUCUGGAAAAUGGCCAUGGAAUUGACCGAAAGCUGCCAGAUAAAUUAUCACAUGCCAGACCAUCUCAUCAACAAGAACAAAUUAAUGGAAAGCCUAUCCACUACCCAUUUCCUCAUUCAAGAAUUAAACUGCAGAGGGAUGCAAAGGACCAAACAGUUUCAGGAAAUGGAUUUGGAAUAAGGGUUGUUGGUGGAAAAGAGAUUCCUGGAAAUUAUGGAGAGAUUGGAGCUUACAUUGCCAAGGUUCUACCAGGUGGAGGUGCUGAGCAGACAGGCAGACUCACAGAAGGAAUGCAGGUUUUAGAAUGGAAUGGUUUCCCAUUAACUGCAAAGACUUAUGAAGAAGUUCAGAAUAUCAUUAGUCAGUCAAGCGGGGAAGCAGAAAUUUGUGUAAGACUGGAUAUCAACAUGUUUUCAAAUUCUGAAACUCCCCAGAACUUAGAACUACAUGACCCAGGCAAGGCUGUGGAGAAAACAAGGUCUCCUGGAGUGGACCCUAAGCAGCUAGCAGCUGAACUCCAGAAGGUCUCCCAGCAACAGACAACUUUUGUUGCAUCUUCGGCAAUGGAGAAAGGAUCCUACAUUCAUUCUGGAACAACAUCAGCAGGCUCCAGUUCAGUCCCUAGCCCCGGACAGCCUGGCUCUCCCUCAGUAAGCAAGAAGAGGCACAGCAGCAAGUCCACUGAAGCUAUAAAAUCACAUUCACAUCCAAUUACUGGUGACAUUCAGCUUCAAGUUAAUUAUGACAAGCAUCUUGGUAACCUUAUAAUUCACAUACUUCAAGCAAGGAGUCUUGUUCCCAGGGACAACAAUGGUUACUCAGACCCUUUUGUGAAAGUAUAUCUUCUUCCAGGAAGAGGUCAAGUCAUGGUUGUCCAGAAUGCCAGUGCUGAAUAUAAACGAAGAACAAAAUAUGUACAAAAAAGCUUAAACCCAGAAUGGAAUCAGACAGUGAUUUACAAGAAUAUAUCCAUGGAGCAGCUGAAAAAGAAAACGUUAGAAGUCACUGUAUGGGACUAUGAUAGAUUCUCUUCAAAUGACUUCCUUGGUGAGGUAUUAAUAGAUCUAUCGAAUGCCUCCUAUCUUGACAACACGCCACGAUGGUACCCUUUGAAGGAACAAAGUGAAAGUAUUGACCAUGCAAAGCCUCAUUCCACUCAAAGCGGUCAGCAAGUACCAAAGCCAUCAGUCAUUAAAAGCAGAAGCCAUGGAAUCUUUCCAGAUCCAGCUAAAGAUAUGCAGGUUCCCACUAUAGAGAAAUCUCAUAGCAGUCCUGGUAGCUCAAAGUCAUCUUCUGAGGGUCACCUUCGCUCACAUGGACCAUCCCGUAGCCAAAGCAAAAGCAGUGUCACUCAGGCGCAUCUUGAAGAUGCCGGAGCAGCCAUCGCUGCUGCUGAAGCAGCUGUCCAACAGCUUCGUCUUCAACCAACAAAUGACAGCAAAGACCAAAGCCAGCUUGCACUCAAGAAGGUGAUGUCCGAUGGAUCCGUCAAGCCUGAAGCAAGAUCAACGACUCACAAGACUACCGAAUCUACGGCUUCAACGACUUCAUCAGUUAGUAGUUUUGGCAGUGGGUACAGCAUGGACAGUGAUGGGAGUGGCACACAGGGGGAUAACAAUCUGUUUCAAGUUCCAAGAAUUGGUAAAAUGACCCAAAAUGGACAAGAUCAAACUGGGAUGGCCGUAACUGAAACAGAAGGAAAAACCCAAGUCAUCGGCGAUAUCAAAAUUGCCCUGAAAAAAGAAAUGAAGACAGAUGGGGAGCAGUUGGUAGUCGAGAUACUUCAAUGUAGAAAUAUUACAUAUAAAUUUAAGUCUCCAGAUCAUCUACCAGAUCUGUAUGUGAAACUCUACGUUAUUAAUAUAGCAACACAGAAGCGUAUAAUAAAGAAAAAAACUAGAGUUUGCAGGCAUGAUCGAGAACCAUCAUUCAAUGAGACAUUUCGUCUUAGCAUGAGCCCUGCUGGACACUCCCUGCAGAUUUUGCUUGCCUCGAAUGGAGGAAAGUUUAUGAAGAAAACUCUGAUUGGUGAAGCUAACAUUUGGCUGGACAAAGUGGACCUUAGAAAAAGGAUAGUCAAUUGGCACAAACUUUUAGCCAGCACUGCUCAGACACACUGAACAACACUGCUUGCUGGUGCAUAAUGUCAGGAAAGAUCUCAGUUUAGAUGAAAUUAAAGACAGACUGGGAAACAAAGUUUGAAUACAGUAUGCAGCAUUUCAGACUACACUAAGAAGGAUUCGUCAACAAGAUAUGCAGUAAAUGGGAAAACUAGAGAAGUCUGAUAAUAAUGCAGUGAUACUGUAGGUGAACAUCUUUAGUGGCUAAAUAUAAUAUGUAGAAGAAUGUUUACAAUUCCAGAUUACAAUCUAGAAGUGGUUUUCUAGAUGUUAAAAUGUUCUAUUCCAGAGAGCAUCUUAGAGGCACUCUAAACUAAGGCAAUAUCAGACAUUGAAGAUUCAUAACUAGAUAAAGUAUUUAAGUAUCACACUCAGUAUAUGUUCUAAUUUGCACCUUAGAUGUUUUUUCAUCUAUAGCUGAUAUAAGAUAAAUAUGUUUAUUGGAGGUGGAAUAUAUUUGCAAGUUUAAGCAGUAUAUUUAAUACCUAGCUGUUGCAGGUAUUGUUCUCAUUAUGCCACAUGUACAGUUACAGUACAGUAAAGGUGCAGUGCCUAUCUCUUAUCCUGUCAUUCUAAUUUUAAAAGUGCUGAAUACAUAAGCUCAUGCUUGUUGAAGAACUGCAGUAGCUAUGUCAAAUAUUGAAAUUUACGAUUCAUUUGCUUUGAUUAGUAAUAGAAAGUGAUUACUUUAAGUAAAUGUACAAGGUUAAAAUACGGCUAUGUUGCAAUAUAGAUGAAAAGCUUCAGUAACAUAGGCCCUCAUUCCGAGUUGAUCGGUCGCAAGGCGAUUUUAGCAGAGUUACACACGCUAAGCCGCCGCCUACUGGGAGUGAAUCUUAGCUUCUUAAAAUUGCGACCGAUGUAUUCGCAAUAUUGCGAUUACUAACUACUUAGCAGUUUCUGAGUAGCUUCAGACUUACUCUGCCUGUGCGAUCAGUUCAGUGCUUGUCGUUCCUGGUUGACGUCACAAACACACCCAGCGUUCGCCCAGGCACUCCCACCGUUUCCCCGGCCACUCCUGCGUUUUUUCCGGAAACGGUAGCGUUUUCAGCCACACGCCCCUGAAACGCCGUGUUUCCGCCCAGUAACACCCAUUUCCUGUCAAUCACAUUACGAUCGCCGGAGCGAAGAAAAAGCCGUGAGUAAAAAUACUUUCAACAUAGUAAAGUUACUUGGCGCAGUCGCAGUGCGAACAUUGCGCAUGCGUACUAAGCGGAUUUUCACUGCGAUGCGAUGAAAAAUACCGAGCGAACAACUCGGAAUGAGGGCCAUAGUGUUUUAUAGAAGAAAAAAGAGGGCAUCCAGUGUAUGUCAAUUUAUUUUAUGCCAUCCUACAGUUAGUAGGGGCAUGUAGGGAGCAGUGACAGAGAAAACGUUCUGCAUUUUCUCUUAGUAACUCAGGUGAAUGGCUGAGAUCAUGGGUAUGUUGAAAAUGUAUUGCUACUGAUAAAUAGUACAAUCACUAAUGUACAUACAUAUUUCUUAUCAUAAAUUGCAUUAAGUGGUUUCUAGCAAACUUGAGCACAUUAAAUGUCAGAUGAUAUCACCAUUAAUGGAAUUAUGUGUUUGUUUUUUUGUUUGCUUUCAUUCUAACCAACUGUCCAUCAUAAACAAUGUUUUUUCCCCCCAGAUAUUAUGUCCCGUAGCUUAAAGAGCUAAAAGUGUGCAAUGUUUUUAAAUUAUAAUUGUUUUAUGCUGCGACUAGCUGUAAGAGACUGCAAAGCAUGGGAAUGGUUGCUAUGGAAAUGUCAAUUCAGAAGGAUAGCACAAACACAGAUAUUUGCUAGGAAAACUAAAUUAGCAGGGCUAACAUUGUUUUGCCUUUACGCAUGCAAUACAUUUAAUUGAUGGGACUGCAUUGUUUUUUUUCCCAGCACACUAUAAAGUAUCAUUAUUUCAUUUUGUUGUUGAGUCUUUCUAGGUUAUAAUGUGUGUACAAAACAUAAGUCUGUUUUCCCUAGUGCAGCCAUACCUUAGAAUUGAACAAAUGAAAUCUUACAGAUGCAUUUUUCAUCUGUCAUACAGAGUGAGUGACAACUUGUUUCGGUGCAUCAGUGACUCAUCAGCGGCGUACAAUAUGCUUCCGAAUUGUGCCAACUUGUGUUAAACCAAAUUCUUGCGUUAUUAUGGAAGUAUUCUAUGCAACAUUGAUGUCUCAAUGCUUCUUCUGUAAGUGGAUAUAACAAAAAAAAAUCUUGUAACACAAAAACAUACAAAGAACUUUUUUGUGUAAGAAACAUCUCUCUGUAUUUUAUUUAAUUUAUUUUUUGCACAUAUUGGAACACAUUAAUAGUGUUUAUUGUUUGCUUCUCUUAGAAGUGCUUACAUAGAUUCAGAUGUUAUUUAAUAAUAGUCAUUAAUUGGUAUUCAUUUUUUAUGUAUAGAGCCAAGAUAAAAUUAUUUGAAUAUAUGUUUAUUUAUAUGUAAACAAGCAUAUAUUAUAUUUCAGUUGAAUACAUAGUAAUUGAAAUGUUUAUUAAAAGCACAGUGUGUGUGUUUAUAUGUGAAUGAAAUUUAUAUUGUUCUUAGUAUUAUUUUAGGUUCUGAGGGCUUGUCUGGAAAAGACAAUUUAUAGAUGUUGAACAUGAUUUGAUCGUUAAUAUUCCAUCUCUACUACAGAAUCAAGAGUUGGUUCCCUCUUAUUACUGUUGUUAAUUGUUGGCUAUACUUGAAACAUAACCUUAGUUAAGCACACAAAACAAUGUAACGAAUCUGUACAAUAAGAAGCCAACAAGACGAUACAACAUUAAAUACGAAUUACACGCCAAGUUACCCAGCACAACCAAACUCCUCCAAGUCUUAAAUGUGGCAGACAGUACUAGUGCCUGAUGUCUUGUUAACAUCUCAGAUAUGUUUAAGUUGCAUAAUUUCAGGUAUUUUGAAUAUAAUAUUUUAAAUAUCAGAAGAUUAAAACACAUUUUAUUUUACACUUCUCUUUAGAGGAAACAAAAUAUCCUGCUAUCAUACAAAUAUAAAACAAAAUCGGCCAUAGAAAGCAAAUACUUUCUCUUUGGGAAUAUAUUAGAAUUAUCGUUCUAUGCUCUGCUAGUCUAAUGAAUUCUAAAUGCAAUGGUCGUAAGAAGCAAGUUCUUUUAUUUUAUUAUUGUGUAAAUAACUAUAAAUUUUUGUAUUGGAUUACAAAAAAAUUGAAGGGUUCUAAUUCCAUGAAGUCAUUCAGCAUGUGAAUGUGAGCAUUCCCUUCAGUUGUAUUUGUAGAAUGUUCUGUGACGUGCUCAGAUGAUAAACCAGCGAGGGCUGAACACCGUGUUUGUCAUCAUCCAUUGAGAAUCUGUACAGAGAGCCUGAUAUAUAAGAGAUAUAUAUAGAAAAAUGUAAAAAAAAAUUAUAAGGAAAUGACGUAAAUUCUGUAUUGUCCUGAAGUAAAUGUUUUCCCACUAAAUGUUGCAUGCAUUGCUAGAGGUCUGCUCUUUUUGUUUGUGUAUUUUUUCUUUUCUUUUUUUCUCCCAAUCCCUUUAAAACUACCUUGUUUUUUAUAAAAAAAAUACAAAAGUAAAAGCUGUACAAAAAAAGAAUUAACCAUGAGCUGUAUAGAAAUCUGCCUGUAAAUCUGUGAAUGUUUUCACUUUAUGUAAAAAUCCAUGUCAUAGUUUUUGUGGUUGUACACAGGAUGUAACUUGAGAACUUAUGCAAAUUGUGAUGUACAAAAGGUUGUAAUCCAGUAAAAUGAAUAAAUAUUUAUAACAUCC